AUGACCCUCGAUGACUGGUCCAUUUUUUGCAAAUAUAACCAUCGCGUCCGUUCACUGGUCAAUCGAUGUUAUCCGUUGUACAUAAAUCACACAAACAUCCGUGACAUUGAAAUUUGGCGUGCCCUCAGCUAUCCUCCCUUCUCCCUUCCACUGCUCCCCAACUUGACGACCCUUACCUGGACUGAGGUUACCAAUGAGACAUUCCAAUACAUUCUGUUGUUUGUGACCCCACGGUUGACGGAGCUCGAUAUUUCCGUGGCCCGUUCUGGUCCAUCCUUCACCCUUGGCCCAUCUGAACAGUCCACCUUUUCGUCUAUCGCAAAGUCGUGCCCUUCUGUCUCGCAUUUCAGUUUGUCUUCCCAGAGAUAUGACUCCCAACAAAUAGUUGGAGACACAUCGAUCGCGUUGCAAUUCUGGCCUCAUCUAACAUCGGUGAAGAUCGGAACGGUUUCCGAGGCAGCCAUACUACAUCUGUCCAGCUUGCCUUCACUCCGAGUCUUGGAAUGUGGAUUGCCCUCAACUUCCAUAUCUACAGAUGCACAGAAGCUCCUACAACGGCCUGCUUUCUGCGCGUUACAAGAGCUGACCGUAACAUGCAAAAGUCCAGUCAUCUUAGACGCUUUUUUGGAGAAGCUCGCCAUCACUCCAAAAAUAUUAUCCUUUAAAUUCGCUCGUGGAGUGGAUCCCGCGCUCGUCAUACCAGCUCUGAUUUAUCGUCUAUCCAGUGCAUGUGCACACAGUCCACUACAAAAGGUGCAGCUCCGCAUUCUGGACGAUGAUCAGCCUGCUGAUCCCAACGUUUCAAUCGGAGCUGCCGCCUUUCAACCACUCUUUGCUUUUCGUAAUCUUCGCGUGCUCGACUUCGUAGCGGACGGCCACUGUACCGUGCGAAUGGAUGAUGCUUCCCUUUUACAGAUGGCUAAGGCCUGGCCACUCCUGGAAGAGCUGUACAUCUCCAGAUACUCCCAUUCAACUUAUCGAGUUACUCCGCACGCCUUCGUCCUGCUGUUGUGGCAUUGCCCACGUUUGCGCUCGGUCGCUGUUCUCAUAGACUGGUCCACGAUAGAUGUGCAUGCCAUACCCUCUGACCUUCCAUACCAAGGAUUUUCUCAGAAGGCGCUAACCAACUUAUAUAUCAAUGGUUGGAGAAUUGAGAAUCCGACAUCAAUCGCCGCUUUCCUUUCAGUCAUCGCACCCAACGUGCGAUCCAUCAGCGGAUGGGACUCUGAUAUUCAUGGGUAUGACUCGGAUGCAAUAGACAAUUCGUGGACAGUGGUUCAGAAUUUGAUCACUACUCUACCCAUGGUCCGUGAGCAAGGGAGGAGAAUGGUGCUGAAUAGGCUGAUGCAAGGUUCGUACAACCACCACGCCGCUGCGCAGCGGGGGGGCCGAUACUGA